GCAUAGAUGUCUUAGAAAGUUAUAAAUCAGGAUUCUCACCAAAGCCGGUACAGCAUAUAUAAAGGUAUUCCUUUCUUAGGUCAUAAAAUCAAUAUUCAUCACCAGCAAUAAAAAUGGCCCUUUCAACACCCUGUAACCUCGUCGCCAACCCGUCCUUCGAAUCAGGCAAUCUAUUCCCAUGGUUCCCGUCUGCCCUCAACGUGGCCAAGAUAAGCAAUGCAACCGAAGCAUAUGACGGGGACUACUACCUUGACCUGCAAACCGCCAUCGGAAACCGAGGCAACACCAUCUCUCAGCCGUUAAGAAACCUCGACCCCAGUAUCGACUACACCUUCAGCGUGCAAGUGCAAGCGGCAUCGCCCGCCGCAAAUUACUGCUCGUUCUAUGUGUACAUGGGCAAGAACUCGACUACUGGUUUCGUGGCUACUGAUAUCCUGUACAACUCUGGCGAGUGGACGUCUAUCACUGGGCAUUACCGGCCGAGGCUGGCGCAGGAGUAUUUGAAUAUUGUGGCCAGCUGUACCUUUGAGGGAUCAUCUUAUACAGGGAGGGUGUUUAUUGAUGAUGUUGUGCUUGCUCCAUCGAACUGUGAGGAUGGCGUAUAGAGUGAUUUCAGAGGAGAAUGAGUACGCGAUCAAAUCACCUACCUGGAGGACAAGUUGCCCUCGCUUCUUAGAGAUUGCUGUCCGACGCUCUCCUUUGUUGUGCACAUAUUAUGAUA